AUGCAGAAGCGACACACAAUUGCUAUGAGCACAACCCACCGCUCGCCUGCUCCAGGCCUGACAUCAUUCGCUAUCUACGAGGACCCCGAAGAAAAGGAAUUGCUGUCACCAUCCGAAGUGUUCGACGGCGACAUGUCGUUCAAUUCAGAACUCUCUGUCGCAACAGAUGAGUCUAUCCCCAGUAUGGACCUGGAUGAAGAAUGCGAACAUGUCCUCCAGCCCUACCGAAGCUCAUACACCUCACGCAAGUCGACAAGUUCGCCACGCCACUCCGCAGGUGCACCAAGCUACGGCAUUGUCUCCGCAUUGCCCUCAGAAGGCUCCAUAUCCUCCCACCCUGCGGCACCCUCUAGUGACAUAGCAGAGACGAGAUAUACACCCCGCAAAGACCGCUCUCGCUUUCGGAAUCCUGAAUCUAUCCGCGCCAUGCAGAUGUCUUCUCCGCCACUCCCCACCGUCGAGACCUCCCGUGAACGACUGAAGGGAUCAUACAAGCUCAUGACCCCGAGCAGAAGCGGGAGAGUUAUGCCAGAGUGGCUCGUGGAGAACUUCAAGCUACUCGAGGAGAAGCUGCAAGACAUCAUCUUGAUGCGACGCGGCUUGCUGAUCCCACAUCCGCGAGACGAAUACGACCUGCUAGAGGAGCGCAUACUGGAAAGCUUAGAGCUCAAGACGCCUCGACUGUUGAAGUGCGGUCACUUCGUCCCACCAGAGGAGGACACUGACAAGGAAGAAGACGAUGACGAUAGGAGCGUCGACGACAACACGGGGCGAGGCAGCCGCAUGAGCGGCGGUACCUUCACGGAAGAGCAUGAAUGUGCAGACUGCCACCACGAGCUCAAGCGUCCGGGCAAGGGUGUUGGUGCUGGCACUCGGAGAUGGGACAUCAAGAUCUACGCUGCGAACGGGUUGAUGAGAGCCAACGCUUGGGCGGCCUGCUGGGGCGAGAUGGAAAGAUGUGAUGUCGAGCUGCAACCGUGGAUACCCGACGACCUCCGAAAGACUCUGGAAAAAAGAAUGCUUGAGGAGCAGGAAGCCGACAAGAGGAAGCACAUGUAUGCCAUCGAAUUGCAACGCCAGAUCCAGGAGUCUACUUCGAAGCAGAAGAUCGCCGAAGAGGAGGAGGCUGAGCGACGUAGGCUUGAGGAAGUGGAGCUACAGAAGAGUUUCGAAGCUGCCGCUGCCGCGCUUCAGAGGAGUAGAAGGAAGAAAUUUGAAGAGGCGAUAGAAGAGAAGAUCCAGGAGGCGAAGGAAUCUAUGCGUGUCGAAGUGGAGGCUCAGGCACAGGCCGAAGCUAGCGCACUCGCCGAGCGACUACGCUCGCUCGAAAGCGCUCUGCAAGAACAGAAGAAGCCCAUGCAUGCGUCUGGUUCAAAAUUCGGAGAAGCUCAAGUGCUCCGCGCCGCUGAUAUUCCAUUGGGCACGCUCAUGAAGAACUACGUUCUGGUCCUCCUCAAGGAUCCGCGUAACUUCAUCAUCCUGGCACUUGGCGCUCUGGUCGUCGUACUUGCGAUGAACAUGGGCACACAACCACAGCUACAAAUGGCUAGUAUUGAGGCCGAAAGCAGUCUCCAAGAGCCCGUCCACACGGUUGCUUUCACCACCACAGCCACGACAACUGCGACAUCUUUCUCCACGCUGACUGUCACCGAGGUUCAGACAGCGACCAGCAUCCACGAGAUCGCCGUCCCUACGUCUGGCUGCUCUGUAGCUGAGGAGCCUAUGCUUAUUGCUGAAGAUGGCACCUCGCCAGCUCUUUCAUCCACCUCGGAAGAAGUGCAGGCUGCUGAGCCAGUCUUCGAAAGGGAGGUUGAUAAUACACCGAAUGUACCCGAGGCAGUACAAGAGCCUGCAGAGCAGGAUGCAGCACCUGUCGAGGACCAGACCAACUCAUCACACUCUCCCAUCUUUGAAGAACCAAAAUCUGCAUCGAAUCUUGGCGCAGAAGACACACUCCUAGCUGACGGUAUCUGCCUGUCCAACCCGAUCUUCCUCACACCGUCCCUCGAAUGCGCGGCUUGA